CACACGUCAUCACUGGGCGCCACGUCGAGAAGGACCUCCAGUUGAUACGGAGAGCGAUGCACGUGAGUGUGUCAGUGAGGGGUUUUAGGAUCUAUACUUUACUAUUUUCGGGUCAAACAGGGAUUUUAAAGACCACACUGGACAAAACGCACACCUUGCUCUGUAAGUGGGUCAAAGGUAACUCUGAAAGCAGCUGGUCUCUCCGCCGCAGUGCCCGCAGCCCUGCCUGUCCUCCGCCGCCACAGUCCAGCAGUGAGCGGCGUGUCACCUGUGAAGUAACACAAAACCAGCAGCCGGUGGUCGGUGGUCGCACCCGGUGUCACCUGUCUGGUCCGCGGCUCCUGCAGGGCGGCGCGGCGGCGAUGGAAGAGGAGGCGGCGGGCAGCAGCGGCUCUGCGGCGGCGGCACAGGAGGCGACAGGGACGGCCAAGCGCAAGAGCGACGAGACGGAGGAGCCCGAGAGAAGCGGCCGAGGGAAGAGACGAAGAGGAGCCGGGGGGAAGAAACUCCGCCCGGGCGAGAGGUACAUCCCCCCUCCCCAGAAGAGGAACCCGGGGGUCAGCUUCAGCCAGGAGCACUUCGACGAGACGUCCUACUACUUCGAGGGCGGCCUCCGCAAAGUGCACCCGUACUACUUUGACUUUAAAACCUACUGCAAGGGCCGGUGGAUCGGGAAGAGCCUCCUGGAGGUGUUCAAGAGCGAGUUCAGAGCCGAGUCCAUAGAGUACUACCAGAGCGCUGCCAGAGAGGGCCGCAUCCGGCUGAACGAGACGCCGGUGGAGGAUCUGUCGGUCGUGCUCAGGAAUAAUGACCAUAUGAGGAACACGGUGCACCGCCACGAGCCUCCUGUGGUGGGACGGCCCCUGCAGGUUCUGGUGGACGAUGGGGAGGUGCUGGUGGUCAACAAGCCAGCCUCCAUCCCGGUCCAUCCCUGUGGCCGCUUCCGCCACAACACGGUGAUCUUCAUCCUGGGGAAGGAGCGGGGCAUCUCCGAGCUUCAUACGGUCCACAGGCUGGACAGACUCACCUCCGGGGUGCUGCUGUUCGCCAGGACGCUGGAGAUGUCCAAGAAACUGGACCAGCUGGUGAGAGACAGACAGCUUGAAAAGGAGUACGUGUGCCGAGUGGACGGGGAGUUCCCAGAGGGUGAGCUGAUCUGCGAGGAGCCCAUCCUGGUCGUCUCCUUUAAGAUCGGCCUCUGUCGGGUUGACCCCAAGGGAAAGGAGUGCCGGACCGUCUUCCAGAGGCUUAGCUUCAAUGGCACCACCAGCGUGGUCCGCUGCUUACCGCUCACCGGCCGCACACACCAAAUCCGCGUCCACCUGCAGUACCUGGGCUUCCCCAUCCUCCAUGACCCAGUCUACGGGUCUGCAGCCUGGGGCCCUCAGAGGGGCAAGGGAGGACUGGUUGGGAAAAGUGAUGAGGAGCUGCUGCAGGCUCUGGUAGAGGAGCAUCGCUCCAAGGAGAGUCUACACCUGCUGGAUAUACCAGAUGAUGGGAUUGGGCUUGUGCAAGAGGAAGGGAACACCGAGGCUGGGGCUUCUGGGAAAGAGGCAAAGAUUGAUAGUUUAGAUGGCAGCUCUGAACCUGAAAGGAGUGGGGAAAGUUGUCAGACACAGAGAGGGUGCGAUGGACACACAGACGUGGUUACCAAGGAGCAAAAAGAUUGUAACGUGAGCUCAAGCAGCGAUACACUGACUGAGGUGAGUCAAGGCACCAGCUGCACAGCGAUCAACACCACUAAAGACCUAAACAGCAAUAAUAACUCACUUAAGUCAAAUGGGAAUCAAACAGAGGCAACAGACUCGUCUCAGCAGGUCCCUCCGGGGACCAGAGACCACCUGUGUAGCGAGUGUAAACUCGUACGACCAGACCCCACCGAGAGGGAGCUCAUAAUGUAUCUCCAUGCUUUACGCUACAAAGGACCAGAUUUUGAAUAUUGCACAGAGCUGCCGGAUUGGGCCAAAGACGACUGGACUGAAGUUGAUUAGGAUCCUAAUGAACACUUUUGAUGAACAAGGCAUUCAGGCCACAGCUGCUGUGCAUAUUUAUCAGAGGAUCAGUCUGUGGCUAAAGUGAUGUUGAAUACUGAGUCACAUAUAGGACAUUAUUUGACUUAUUUGACAUCCUGAGAGAAGUUUUUACUUUUAGGCAACUUUGCUGUGAUACGUUUCUUGUUGUGAAUUUAUUUGGAGAUGGUAACAAGUGGCCCAGUUUAAUAGAUGAUAUUUAAUUUGUUUUCACCAGAAUGUAGGCUAACAUGUAUAAAUAUUUUUCCCCUUUAUGUCGGUUUUGCCUUAAACAUGAAUGAACAUGCAGUUUGAUUCAUUCUCAUUUUACCUUUCAGACUCUGAAUAACAGGAAUAUGGAUUUAUUUUAAAGUUGGAUCAUCCAGGCCUGUAAUUUGUCAGUUCUGCAGCCAUCAUUUUAAGUGAAAUAAAACCCAGUCUCAAGGAAAAAUAAACAAUUUGAUUUAUUACUUUCCACGUUUUCAAAAAUUAACAUUUCCAAGUAGAUAAUAGUGGUGGUGACCUUUUCAUUUUUUUUCUGUUCAUACAAAGCCUUUGAUGAAUUCGUUUCACUCAUCUCUUCUAAGGCAGGAUAUUUUAAUGAAUGUUUUUAAGUGAAGGCUUAUCUAAGAAUUGUGAUAAUACAGUCAACUGCCAAAAGGAAACACUUCUUACAACAAGACAGCUUGGAAAUAACCUUGCUCAGAGGCACGUUUGACAUGAAUCUAUUCUUGUCAAGGUCAUAGUGUUGAACCACCUUCACUGGAUCAGCAAACACCUUUGUGUUUCAUGUUACAUCACAUUUAAGACUAUAAACACAUCUCUUGAAACUUACAUAA